AUGGACAUGGUUAUCGUUCCCAUCCUUCUCCUGCUGCUCCUGCCCUUCGUUGGUGCCCAAUGGCUAGUGUGCGGUGACAGCGGCAACUAUACAUCAAACAGCACCUACCAAGCCAACCUCAUGCUCCUCUCGUCUACCCUCCCCAACAAGGCCGUGUCCAACACCAGCGUCUUCGCCACCGCCACCGUGGGCCAUGCUCCGGACAUCAUCUAUGCCCUUACGCUCUGCCACGGGGACAUCACCGACGCCUCUGACUGCGAGAGCUGCGUCGCUGCCGCCUUCAAAGAUGCGCAGCUGAGCUGCCCGUACAAUAAGGAAGUCAGCACGUACUACGAUUACUGCAUGCUCAGGUUCUCCAACCAUAAUUUUCUCCUUGCCAACAGUACCGAAGAUCAGAUGAAGUGGAUCAACCUCCGGAACACCCUGAACUUCACGACAGGUGGCGACUCCAUCACGCACUUGUUGUUCAUGCUUCUGAACAGCACGGCCCAAGCGGCUGCAAACAGCUCCAGGAGGUUCACCACCUCGCGCUUAGGCGUCAACAUCGUCCCAACGGUGUACUGCUUUAUGCAGUGCACGCCCGACCUCACGCCCCACGACUGCGCGGCUUGCUUACAGGUUGUUUUGAAGCAUACGCUCAAGUUCCUAGAUGGAGCGCAAGGUGGUCGAAUUCUCGGGACACGGUGUAGCAUGAGGUACGAGCUAUACCACUUCUACGAAGGGGUCCCCAUGCUUGCAAUUCCGGUGGUCAACGGCACUACGCCAGCGCCCACGCCCGCUACCAGUACCAGGUACCCACAUUCCCAGUCGCAUCCACCAGCUGCGGCGCCUCUCCGGGAGGCGCAGACGGCUGUUCAAGAACAACAGGGUAUGUAA